AUGAAAAAAAAAGAAACUAAAAACAAAAAACCAUAAAUACACAAAAAGACAUAUCCUAAUUUCUUGAAAAUGAUUGACGAAAGAAAUGUAAUAAAUCAAAAUAUUAUUAGUUUGAUUUGUUUAUAUCUUCAUUUCAUGAUAUUCAUCCGUAAAAUGUUGUUUAAUGUGGAUUUAUCUAUACUCAUAAGCAAAAUGAAAAAUUAUCAAUUGAUGAAGAUGCUGCUUUUGUUUUGGAUAAUAAAAUUUGGUUUGCAAGAAUUUAAGAAAUAGUGAAAAUUAGUAUAAAUGGUGAAGAUGCAGGAUUUAUUAAGGGUCGUAUCUAUUUAUAAAAACAAGAUUUAAUUAAAGUACAUGAAAAAAUAAAGGAAUGUACAGAAGAUGAUUUGUUUUUAACAGAACAAACAAAAUGGUUCUUUUGUAAGGAAUUAAGAAAAAAAAUAAUGGUGUAUAAUCUUAACGAUAUAAUUUAAAAUAAUAUUGAUACAAAACCUGGAUCAUUUUAUACUCGUUCAGAAUUUAAUAUUGAAUCCUAAAAGUUUUAAAUUCCAGUUGAAGAAUGGGCAACUGAAUGUAUUUGUUAAAAAUUAUUUGAUAAUUCAUUGGGUUAUUUAUAAUGUGAUAGAUGUUAAAGAUGGAUACAUUAUGAUUGUAGUGGAUUACCUAAAGAAGUACUUGAAAAUUUAGAUGAUCAUAAUUUUAACUGUCUUAUUUGUGUAGGUGAAAUGAGAGUAGAAAAAAUAAAAAUAAAAUAGAAUGAUAAUAAAAAUUAAUAAAUAGUAGUAGAGCUUUAAAAAGAUAAUUAAAUAAAUGAAGAGAAAAUAAAAAUUGAAAAGUAAGAAAGAAAACCUCAUUAAAGUAAAAAACCGAUAAUUCAAAGUAUCCAUUCUAAUAAAUAAUUAAUAAAUGAAAAGAAUUCAAAGAAACCUUUUCCAAAAAUUAAAAGUAAAUGA